CAACAUAUAUUUUGCUGAGAUCCUGACUAACCUAAGCAUCAAAAAGUUUAAGUAGAAAAAAAUCUUUAAGGAAGAUUACGAAUAAAAAGAAAAUAUUAAGAAUUUGCUUGCAUUACUGUGAGGAUUAGAACACACAACUCCUUGGAUUUUAAAAAAAAAACUCUGUAAACCCCCUGGAACCAUUAAAAAGAAACCGUUGCCCCAAAUUGCUCUCUAGCACGUCUGGAUUGGAACAUCUCUCCUUGGACUAGACACUGAAUUCUCAACCUAAGAUCAAAUCAAACCUGCAACCUCAACCAAAGAAUUAAAAUAAAUAUCAGUAAUACAAAUAAAAUGGCUUGCCCCUGUUCUUUUUGUUUGUCUACUGCGCGACAAACAAAAUAUGAGAGAGCCCCAAACAAAACCGACAAAAACUUGGAAGAUCCAUCCAUGUUUGAUCAAAUCUUCAUUCUAUUGACAAUGAUCUUAAUCCUUGUUGAUGUUUCUUCUGACUUGGUACUCGCAUUCUCUUACCUGAAUAGAUCGCAUUACGUCUGGUUCGGCCUCACACUGGCCUUUGUCCUGGUGCCUUCUGUCUCAAACUCGAUCCUCAGUCUGUAUUUUUACUACCACGACUAUAAAGAGGAACAGCAGUUCAAAUCAAAGGACCCAAAUUUCAGAUCUUCUUCCACCUUAUGGAUAUUACGUAUCGUCUUCACCAUCCUCCAGAUGGCGCCUAUCGUCAGGAACUUGGAAACUUUUCGAUAUGGUAUAAAAAGUAAGACGACGCAGAGCAAGGAUGACCACAUAUACUACAACAAAUGGAUGCUGCGUGAGAGUGCAGACGCCCGGAUGUUGGGUCUGUUUGAGUGUUUUAUGGAGAGUGCACCACAGCUGACACUGCAGUUGCAUAUCCUGGUGGUGGACCCUACUACUACACUAGGUCCACUGAAGAUCAUUAACCUCCUCUCUUCUUGGAUAACAAUCUCUUGGUCGUUGACCUCAUACCACAGAGCUUUGCGCUUUGUACUAAAAGACAAGAGCCUUUCACUCUGUGCCUCUGUAACUUACUUUAUGUGGCGGAUAUUUGAAGUUGGACCUCGCAUCAUCAUCAUCUCCAUGUUCAUGACAGAAUACUACUACUGGGUUGCUGUGCUUCUCUCGCUGCAUUGGAUUCUUGUCUUCAGCUGGUUCCAAUUUGGGGAAUUGAAAUUCUGUGAGACUGCCAUCGGGCAGACACUUUUCAACAUGCUGUUGGCUUUCAUCUCGAUCUUUUGUUCGUUUGAUCCACACAGUGGGAAGUCUCGCUACCGCUACCUGCUCUUCUAUGCCAUUUUCUAUGGACAGAAUAUUAUACUGUUUACACUCUGGUUCUGCUUCACCAACCACAAAGGUACCUGGUACCACCUGGCUGUGUUAUUAUUUGUGCUGUGUGGUGCCAUUCUCCACACAAUAUUCUUUGGUUGCUACUAUGUCUGCUGUCACCCAAUAUGCAGUUCCUUCAUCGACUGGCACAAAAUACUUCCCACUUCCUGCCGCCAGUUUCUGAAAACAUUGACCAACAAUAUUGAAAAUGGGGUAUAAGUGUGCAUGAGAAACAACUGCAGAAGCGAGAGUGAAAGCAAACAGAAGACCGAGGGAUUGGAAAUACGCCUCCUAAGCGGAGCGACAUCUCUAUGCUAACAGGAAGUUUUAUUUUGUUUGAUGUUUUCUGUAGUCUUGUAGCAGGAAGUGUCUGCUUCAGAUGCAAAACUCGUAGGAAUGUUUUCAGGCAGUAAUGAGGUGCAUUGUAAAUGCCAUGUAGGGAAGUGGUUAUACACCAUUAGGUGUACACUGCUUCCGUACAUUAAAUUUCUAGAAGAAACAACGGAACGCAGAUUCUGAACAACAUAACAAUAUUUAUUUACAGUGGAAUUCAGUUCACGCUUGGAGGGAAUUUGGUAUAUAUAUAUGCAAAAACUCACCUGUGAGGUUUUUGCUAAGACUGUUAACAGAUACUAUAUAUUUUAUAAAAAAUUUUGUUUUAUAAAAAUAUAUAUUUAAUAUAUAUAUAUAUAUAUAUAUAUAUAUAUAUGUAAUACAUGGAACAAGAUGUGUUACUAAUACGGACAUAUUGUCCAAUCAUAACUCUUCAAUCUUAUACGACAUAAAUCUUAUUGAAAAUUACUCUGUAAAUAUCUCAACAAGAGAUAUUCAGCAACAGUAGUCUAGGCAACAUCGUCUCCAGCUGGCUAUACGGCACAGUCUGUGUCUUUAUGUUUUUGAAAAUAUAAGAACACAGAUCGUUCAAAAACAUAAGGACACAGAUCAUGUCGUAUAGCCAGCUGGAGACGAUGUUGCCUGGUGUUAAAUUACAGCAACAUUUGUCCUAAACCAGGCAAUAAUCUUUACUCUAUAAAUCUUACUAUUAUUUACUUGAAAGCCCUGGGUCCCUGGGGGGGGGGGAGUCCAUGUAUGACUUUUGGGGACACAUGGUGUGCUCAUGUGAAAUCAUUGGAUUAUCCAGGAGGAUGAUCAGACUAAGCUAAACCGUAUGGGACAUCAGCCUAAUUCUUCUGGUGUAUAUAUUCCUCUCUGGACUGGACGCUGGUCUGUCGUAGGAUUAUCAUUUUUGCCAGCUGAACUGACUGAGCAACAAGGAAUGAAAUGUUUUGCUCAAGAACACCAUUGAGGAACUAAGAACAUUAAUGGUGGAUUUUGAUGGAUGGCAUACUCACAUGAAAUAACUGAAGUAUCUGCGAGGACAGGCAAACUAAACUUACUUUUAUCAUAAGCUUCAUACAAGUGAAGCCAUGAAAUUGUAUUUCUGUUUCAGCAAUCUUCCAAAGUAAUACAUUUAAUUAAUACUUUUAAUUAAUGUAUUUAAUUGAUGCUUUUAAAAAAACUGUGAGUGUAAAUGUAGAUGUUCAUUCUGCAUUUUUGCUUGUACAAAUGCAUACAUGCACACAUAUACAUACUCAUGCACAUAUAUAAAAGAGUAAUAACCCCUUCCUCGCUUUGGUCAUGAAAAACCAUGGGGUGCACCAAGAAAGUUCCCUCUCCAAGGCACAAGUCUGGACAGUGGCGUUUCUGAGAAAAGACCUGAACAAGGGGCAUUGUAUUGACAACUUUAGGACCAUGACUCUGCUGAAUGCAGAGUUCAAAAUUUUGGCCAAGGUGUUAGCAACAAGAUUGGUGCUUGUCGUCGGGGACCCUGGUAGGGGAGGCACAGACAUGUGCUAUCCCGAGAAGAUCCAAAGUGGCUAAAGAAUCUGGCAUGGGGGAUCUUCUCGGGAUGGCACAUCUGUGCCUCCCCGACGACAAGCACCAAUCUUGUCCCAUGUCUUCCUGGGUCUACCUCUUCUACAGAUUUCCUGCAUCGUUAUAGUGCAGUACUUCUUCUCACAGGUGCCCUCAUCCAUAUGCAUCACAACUCCUGGACCAGGUGACUCAUUGUUUCCUUGACCAAGACACUUCAUUUCACGUUGCUCCAGUCCACUCAGCCAGCAAAAAUGUGUUAUGC